UGUUUUUUCAAAAUGUCGACAGUCGGUUGGAAAACUGCCGUGCAUUUUUAGCACGAAAUUGCGAGUUAGUUAUUCUGCUAGUUGGCAGCCUUGGAAAUUGUUGCAGGGGUAUAAUUUGGCUGGUUUGCCUUUUUUGCAAAAGAUCGCUACAGUAAAGACGCAGAAUGUUACAUCAGCCCGCGUUGGUACCCCCGGGCCAUGAAAUUGUAUUUCUUUGCUGAUCCUUAUUUAUAUGGCUUAUAAGAGUCAAAACUGUUAUCGGUGUUUGCGGAUCAGGGGAAACCAAAGUACUAAGAAGCCGCGGUAAAACAUUUCUACUCAAAAUCUCGCUGGAUUCGGUCGUCUCAACUUUGGCACUAUCAGCUAGCAGAGUGAUAUGGGUUUUGUUGUUAAUUUUGUGUUGUUUAUUUUGUCGAUCGAUCUAUCAUCAGCACUCGUUUAUGAAGAAGGAAAUGUGACUUGCGGGAGAAACGAAUUUAGAUGUGGGAAUGGAAAGUGCAUACCUGGUCAUUGGCAGUGUGAUAAUGAUAAAGAUUGCAGCGAUAACAGCGAUGAAGACCAGCGCACUUGUCAGCAAAAAGUAUGCGGUCCGGACGAAUUCACAUGUCGUUCGGCGCCUGGCGAAUGCAUCCCUCUGACUUGGAUUUGCGACGAUAAUCCCGAUUGUUCGGACGCGAGCGACGAAAAAUCUUGCAACGAAACCUGCAGGUCGGACGAGUUCACUUGCAAAAACGGCAAGUGCAUCCAAAAACGGUGGGUCUGCGACGUGGACGAUGAUUGCGGCGAUAAAUCCGACGAAUCCGAUUGUCCGGCGGUGAAUUGCGCCCCCGACACCGAAUUCCAAUGUAGCGAAAACUUUUGCAUUCCAUCGAAAUGGCGAUGCGACGGCGAAUACGAUUGCUUCGAAGGCAAAGACGAACAGGGUUGUCCAAAAUCCGCGAACGUCGGCGCAUCGUUCUGUUUGCCUCAAGAACACGAGUGCGCGGAUCGACUCACUUGCAUUCAUCGGGGAUGGUUGUGCGACGGUACCAAAGACUGUCCGGACGGUUCCGACGAAGUACCCGCCCAUUGUCAGAACAUCACUUGUAGGGCGGACCAGUUUCAGUGUCGCGAUCGCUCGUGCAUAGCCGGACCUCUGCAUUGCGACGGAAGAGCGGACUGCGCGGACGGCAGCGAUGAAACGGACUGCGGAGAAAUGUCAUCGAACGGCGCAGACGCGCAAUGCGAUCCAAAAACGCACUUCGCCUGCGGCGGGGGUCAAUGCGUGCCGUUGGCUCGCGUUUGCGACGGUCGACCCGAUUGCCCCGCAUGGGAGGACGAACCCCGUGAUAAAUGCGGCGUCAACGAAUGCGCGCGCAACAACGGCGGCUGCGCGUUCCGUUGCGUCGACACGCCCGCGGGUUAUUACUGCGAGUGCGAGCGAGGGUAUCGUUUAGAUUCGCACGACAAUCGCACUUGUCGCGACGUCGACGAAUGCCAAAACGAAGGUAGUUGCUCGCAGAUCUGUCUCAACGACAAAGGCGGGUUCAAGUGCGAAUGCACGACGGGGUACAUGCGCGAUCCUCGCGAUCACACCCGAUGUAAGGCCGUCGAGGGACACGCGUCGUUGUUGUUUGCCCGACGUCGCGACAUACGCAAAAUCUCCCUCGACCAUCACGAGAUGACCAGCAUCGUGAACGAGACCAAUUCCGCCACCGCGUUGGAUUUCGUUUUCCGCACGGGGAUGAUAUUUUGGAGCGACGUGACCGACAAGAGGAUUUACAAAGCCCCGAUCGAUGAAGGCAACGACAAAACGAUCGUCGUCGCGGACGAAAUCACCACGUCCGACGGAUUGGCGGUCGACUGGAUUUACAACCACAUUUAUUGGACCGAUACCGGUUCAAAUACCAUUUCGCUGGCGAACUUUGACGGUAAAAUGAGGAAGGUGCUCGUCAGGGACGAUCUGGAGGAGCCGCGAGCGGUGGCGGUGAACCCGUUGGAAGGGUGGAUGUUUUGGACUGACUGGGGGCAGGAGCCGAAAAUCGAACGCGCAGGAAUGGACGGAUCCCACCGUCAGAGCAUCGUCACUUACGACGUCAAAUGGCCCAACGGGCUGACGUUGGACUUGGUCAGACGCCGUUUGUUCUGGGUGGACGCCAAAUUGAAUACGAUUUCGUCGUGCGAUUACGACGGCCUCAAUCGACGUCUCGUGUUGUUCUCCGCCAGCGCGUUACGUCAUCCGUUCUCCAUAACCACUUUCGAGGAUUGGCUCUAUUGGACGGAUUGGGACAAAGCGGCCGUUUUCAAAGCCAAUAAGUUUACGGGUCGCGAUCUUAGCGCAGUCACCGCGACCGAAAUGAUCCAAAACCCGAUGGUGAUACACGUUUACCACCCGUACAGGCAACCGGACGGUGAAAAUCAUUGCCAAGCGGUGAACGGCCAUUGUUCCCAUCUUUGUUUACCGGCUCCGCAGAUCAACGUCCACUCGCCAAAGAUAUCCUGCUCCUGUCCGGAAGGACUGAGGAUGAUGUCCGACGGAUUAACGUGCGUGCAAGACGAAACUUUAGCUCCGACAACGGUACACUCUGUCUCUAUUACAGAAUUCGCUACGUCGCGAACCAACUAUAUGCCGGAGAGCACCACCAACAAGUCGCGAAGCGGCACGGGUUCGACCGUUUCGGAAUCCACCGACGAUGGUGCCAUUGCAGGACUGGCGAUUUUUAUCAUCAUUUCGAUCGUCCUCGUCUGCUCAGCGGUCAUUUAUUUGGUGUACAAACACAUGAUGCAUCGCAACAUGACGUCAAUGAAUUUCGAUAAUCCCGUCUAUCGUAAGACGACCGAGGAUCAGUUCUCUUUAGAAAAAAACUCGUUUCCGUCAAGCAAACCCUAUUUAAGCACGGUGGGCGAGGAGGCGCAAGAACCACUUACGGCAGGCAUAGAACCCGUGUAAUGCUGCAAUCUCCCGGAGACUGUCUAGUUGUAUUUUGCUCAAUCAAGGACUGCGAAAAUCCAAAGUUCCAAUUAAAAGACAUUUUGAGGAUAAGCAAGCGUCGACGAUCUUGUAAUCAGGGCGUCGGUGAAUUACUUAAGGCAAUCUGUUAGCCAAUGCGUGUACAAAAUUGUUUUUUGCUUAAAGAUGCACCUAUAUUUUUUUAUUGAGUCAGGAAAUUUUUAGCAAAUCUAUGAAAUUGCGUUUGCUUAACCCUUUGGCCUAAUUAAAAGUUGGAACCUCAGGGGUCGCCGUGGGAUUAACCUUUAUCUAGUUAGUCUCAGUUAUGAAAAUCAUUUCAUAUGGGUGUGAGCUUUUGAAUUUGAUUAACAUCCGCGUGAAAUUAGAAAAUUUUAAUGAAUUAAUUUGGUUAGUUACUCAGUUGUACGCUUGAUGUGUUGAUUAGUUUGUACAAAGCCACUCUAGUUGUAAUUCCCACAAACGGGCUCUGGUGGCGUGUACUAAAACAAUAUUCUGUGAUUAAUUAAUUUAUGUACUGUUUAAAAAAAUUCAAAGUUUUUAUUGUAUAGAAUAAUUAUUUAAAUUAUUUGUAUUUAUCUGUUUAUAAAAUUAAUUUUGCAAUAAUUACAAAAAAGUAAUGUGGUUGGUAU